AUGCCGGCGUUAUUCACCGUUAGCAAUUAUCUAUCUAUCUAUCUAUCUAUCUAUCUAUCUAUCUAUCUAUCUAUCUAUCUAUCUAUAUGCCUGUUUACAUCUAUCUAUCUAUCUAUCUAUCUAUCUAUCUAUCUAUCUAUAUGCCUCUUUACAUCUAUCUAUCUAUCUAUCUAUCUAUCUAUGCCAAUCUGUUCCUAUUUAGGGCAUCUUUUUCGUAACUAUUACAUAUUUAAUACUUCACCUACUCCAACUUAUCUAUCUAUCUAUCUAUCUAUGUCAAUCUAUUGCUAUCUAAGAGAUCUUCUUCGCAACUAUUACAUAUUUAAUACUUUACGUACUCCAUAUUAUCUAUCUAUCUAUCUAUCUAUCUAUCUAUCUAUCUAUGCCAAUCUGUUCCUAUCUAAGGCAUCUUUUUCAGAUCUUCUUCGUAACUAUUACAUAUUUAAUACUUUACGUACUCCAUAUUAUCUACCUAUCUAUCUAUCUAUCUAUCUAUCUAUCUAUCUAUACCACACGAUCGAUCUCUCUAUCUCAUUUUGUCAAAUCUAUCUAUCUAUCUAUCUAUCUAUCUAUCUAUCUAUGUCAAUCUGA